UGUUCCAAGAGGCGGGGAAGGGUCUCUGCGUCUUCCUUGGAGCAAGCGCGCGACCAGCCGUUGGCAUUCCAAUUCGUCUGGUCUGCGCUAGCGCGUGGCUCGUUAGCCGCUAAGAGAAAGCGAACGGUCCCCUCCACCCUGGCUGAGGUCUUGCUCUAAGGAAGAAAUUGAUUUGUGCUCACAAGGCACAAAAGAUAUUUUCCCAACCGCGUAUUUACUGAAACGGGCUGCCGGCUGCCUUGUUUUUCGCUGCCGGCUCCCCGACAAGGCAGAGCUAUUCCCGCCACGCCGCCUCCUUCGCGAAGGGCAACAAAGAACUUUUGAAGUUGAAGAGGAAGCAACGGGGCUCGCCCGCAGCUGCGGCCUUCUCAAGGCUCCGUCGUGGGGACCAGCCCGGGAGUAAUGCAAGAUGCAGCGGCAUCCCGGUCUCCUGUUUGCCGGCUUGAUCUUUUGUGCUGCUCUCUCAGAGACGUUCGGGCUGGUUUUAUCCGCUAAAGAGAAAAGGGGAUGGACUAUGAAUAGUGCUGGUUAUCUGCUUGGCCCACGUCGUAUUGAACAGCUCCUCCAGGAAAUACCCAGUGCAAGGGGGAGAGAAGAGCCACCUGGGGAAUAUGCAAUAGACAGAAUUUUUAGUGUCAAGCAUGGUUUAGCUGGUAAGCGUGACAUAAACCUCGAAGAAAAUGUAAAAGCAGAUACUUCCACAAGACUGCUGACAUAUAACAAUAUUAUGCGUACAAUAAUUGAAUUCUUGGCCUAUCUACAUCUUAAAGAAGCUGGGGCUCUUGACAACAUAGCUACAACAGUUUCUUCAGAAGAAAGAGAUCAGUCCUGAAAGAGGUUGCAUUUAUAUUCUGAAUUGAUCUCAUCUGAACCCUGAACAAAAUAAGACCUUAUUUAUUGUUUACAGUGACCUUACACUUCGGCUGAUUGUCAAGUUCUUUUCUCCCCAAUGAUGUUAUAAGAUUUACCCUUAAUAAAAACAAUUGCUUUGGAUCAAUGACAAUAAUAAAAAAAAAUAGCAGCUACUUCUUGUGCUACCUUUCCUAGAA